AUGCAGCUUGGCUCCAUUCGGCCGGCUGCGGGGUUGCAUAUAAACCAACAGCAGCUAUGUCUUUGCAAUCCCAACUCGCUAAUUAUAACUCCUACCAUCGGUUACUUUAAAAUUCAACUUGCUAUGAAGGCCGCACGGUACUACGGUAAAGAAGAUAUUCGAGUGGAAGAGGUCCCCGAGCCGACUGUCCAGCCCGGCCAAGUCAAGAUCCGCCCCUCACACGUCGGCAUCUGCGGCACCGAUCUCCACGAAUACCUCGGCGGCCCCAACUUCUGCCCCGUCCACGCACACCCUCUCUCCGGCGAAACCAUCCCAAUCACGCUCGGCCACGAAUUCAGUGGCAUCAUCACCGAACUCGGCCCUGGCGUCACCGGCCUCUCUGUCGGCCAAGGCGCAGCCAUCCAGCCCACGCUCUCCUGCGGCUCAUGCCCCGCAUGCGACGUACAGGCCCCGAAUGUAUGCCAUAGCGGCGGCUUCGUCGGCCUCUCAGGCGGUGGUGGUGGACUCAGCGAGGCCGUCUGUGUAGAUGCGAAGCGUGUGUUUGCCCUGCCGGAUGGGUUUGGGCUGGACCUCGGGGCGCUGGUUGAGCCACUGGCGGUGGCGUGGCAUGCGGCGAGUGCGGCACCGCGCAUGGAUGGGGAGAGUGUGGUGUAUAUUGCGGGCGGGGGGCCGAUUGGGCUGGCGCUGAUUCUGUGUCUCAAGGCUAUGGGUGUGACGAGGGUGGUUACGGCGGAGGUGGCGAGUAAGAGGCAGGAGUUUGCGAGGGAGUUUGGGGCGAUGAGGGUGGUGAAUCCGGCGAGGGAGGAUGUGGUGGCGGUUUUGAAGGAGGUUACGGGUGAGAGAGGGGUUGAUGUAGCGUUUGAUUGUGCGGGUGUUCCUGCGAGCAUCAAGUCGGUAUGCGAGUCUGUCAAGACAAGAGGCGCCAUUGUGAAUGUCGCGAUUUGGGAGAGGGAAGUCCCGUUUAAUCCCAACUGGCUGACGUUCAAGGAGAGCACGUAUACGUCUGUACUGGGGUAUAAUGCGGAGGAUUUCCAGGCGAUUGUGGACCGGUUGCGCGAUGGCACUAUUCAGCCGGGGCAGAUGAUUACGGCAAAGAUCAAGUUGGAGAAUUUGGUGAAAGAGGGCAUUGAGGCGCUGGUGACGGAUAAGGAUAGCCAUGUGAAGAUUCUGGUCGAUAUGGCUGCCAGUUGA